AUAAUAUUAUUCUAAAUCUAGCCCUUUAUUAUAGCCAUUGUUAUAUGGGAAGCAAAUUUUAAGUUCCAAUAAUAUUAUGUUAAUUGUUUCUCGUUCCAUGCCUUAUAUAUAAAAAAAUAUCAUUUACACAUUGCCUUUAGUGUUGAAAAAUAAAAGAAAAAUGGGAAGAAAACUUUGUAUUGAUUUGGCAAUUUUUCUUAUCAAUAUUCUAACGAUAAAUGCUCAAACUUUAAUUCCAGCAAAUGAUGCGGAAGUUAAUAAAUGGUUUCAAGAAUCAGUCAAACGAAUUAGCAUACAAAAAGGAACAUUUGAUCCUAAUGUAGUAGAAGCCGAAAGUGGUGGGGUUGAAACCAUAGAUGUAAGACAAGAUGGUAGCGGAAAAUUUAAGACGAUAUCAGAUGCUGUAAAGCAUGUAAAAGUCGGAAACACUAAACGUGUAAUCAUAACAAUUGGUCCAGGGGAGUAUAAGGAAAAAGUUAAAGUUGAUAGCUUUAAAUCGUAUGUCACUUUUUACGGAACAGAUCCUAAGAAUAGGCCAACUAUAACAUUUUCCGGUACAGCUGCAGAAUAUGGGACUGUGGAUAGUGCAACUCUGAUUGUGGAAUCUGAUUACUUUGUUGCUACAAAUAUAAUCAUUUCGAAUGCCGCUCCAAGACCAGAUGGUAAGAGAAAGGGAGCACAAGCUGCUGCUAUGAGAAUAUCCGGUGAUAAAGCAGCAUUUUACAAUUGUAAAUUUGUUGGAUACCAAGAUACUCUAUGUGAUGAUAAAGGCAACCAUUUCUUCAAGGAUUGCUAUAUUGAGGGAACCGUUGAUUUUAUCUUUGGUGAAGCAAGAUCUUUAUACUUGAACACCGAGAUCCAUGUUCAAUCAGAAGACCCUGCAGCAGUCAUAACUGCACAUGCAAGAAAUAGUGCAGAUGGAGAAGGUGGAUACUCUUUUGUCCAUUGCAAUGUGACUGGGACAGGUAGUCAUGCACUAUUAGGUAGAGCAUGGAUGGAAGCAGCACGAGUUGUUUACUCUUAUUGCACCUUCAGUGAUGUCGUUAACCCCGAGGGAUGGUCUGAUAACUCUAAACCAGAAUUUCAAAAGACUGUAUUUUUUGGAGAGUACAAUAAUAAAGGACCUGGUGCAUCUCUUGCAAAAAGAGUUCCAUAUACUAAAAAAUUGACGGAUGUAGAGGCCAAAACAUUCAUCAGCUUGGAUUACAUUGAAGCUCCUAAAUGGUUACUUCCACCUCCUAGACUAUGAAAUUUGUUAACAUAGUAGAUAUAAGGGGAGAAAAGGACUCAAUAAACUAUUUUAUAAGAGCUUCAUGUAGUAUUUCUAGUCACUUAGGCUCUUGUUGGACAAAUUCCUAUAAGAUUGACUUGGAGGCUAUGCCUAAUCAUUUUAUCUCUAUUAUUGUAUUUUUCCUUUACUUAUAAAUUCUCAUACUUAGAUCCUUUAAUUUUUGUAUCUCUAAUAUAUAUAGUUUAUAAUGUACCAUUAUUAUAAUUGCAUUAUAAUAGAAAUAUUAUAUAGUUUCUGGCGCCUGCCAGGGUUCAGGGCCAGAAAGAGCCCAACUUCUUUCAGCUUUUAUAUUUAAGUGUUAUGUAUAAUAAAUACUCGUACAUAAUAACCAUAAUAUUGCGUUUGGCUAGAUGGUU